GAUCCACGGUCUGCAGCACAUGGGGAAAUUUCCACUUCAAGACCUUUGAUGGUCAAUUCUUUCAAGUGGCAGACACGUGCAACUAUGUUCUGACAGUGAUGUGUGACAUCCCCAUUUCUGAUUUUAACAUCCAAAUGCAAAGAGAGACUGUGAAUGGUUCAAUCACUUUCAACACAGUCACAAUAGAGCUGGAGGGGACAAUCAUCAAAAUCACUAAUGGUGACAUCACCAUGGGGAACGAAAAGGUGUCUGUUCCGAUCAAUAUGCAUGGAAUUCAAAUCGAGGGAAGUUCAACAAGUCUCAAGAUCUCGAACAAACAUGGAGUGACUGUCUUCUGGGAAGAAGACAACUAUCUAACAAUUGAACUUCCUGAGAAGUACCAAGGUCUGACCUGCGGACUCUGUGGAAACUUUAAUGGCAACAAGCAUGACGAUAUCACUGUUAGCGGUCCGGCCAAAUGGAAGGUUUCCACACCUAUGACUGAAACCUGUGAGGAAGUUACACUUCCACCCAGGGAUCAGUGUGACCAGACAAGCGUUUGCCAGCAGUAUCUCAGCAGUCCAGGGUUUGCUGACUGUUACAAUGUGAUGGACAUGAGCUCAUUUGAAAAAGCCUGUGAAGAUGAUCUGUGUCAGUGUUACGGAAAUUACGACUGUCUCUGCAACACACUCACAGAGAUUUCACGACAGUGCACUCAUGCUGGAGGAAACCCAGGAACAUGGAGGACAGAACAGCUCUGUCCAAAGACGUGUCCUCUGAACUUGCAAUACAUGGAGUGUGGGAGUCCGUGCAAGAACACCUGCUCAGAUCCGACCACAAGCCUACUGUGUAAAGAACACUGUGUGGAUGGCUGUUUCUGCCCUAUUGGCACCGUGGAAGAUGACAUUGGUCAGAGCGGCUGUGUUAAUGUGAACGAAUGCCCUUGUGAGCAUAACGGCGCACUAUAUCAAUCAGGAGAGUCUUACAAACAAGCUUGCAAAAAAUGUGUGUGCGCCGCUGGACACUGGAAUUGUACAUACCUGGAAUGUCCCGGAAUCUGCUCUGUUGUGGGAGGGUCUCACGUCACCACUUAUGAUGGAAAGACCUUCACCUUCAGUGGCAACUGUGACUACAUCCUCACUAAGUACUCUAAUGACAGUGACAUUGCGGUUGUGGGAAAUCUGGCAAAGUGUGAUCCGGCCCGAAAAGACACAUGUCUAAAUUCAAUCACCCUUGUCAUCUCAGGGACCACUAUUACCUUUUCCUCUGGAGGAUCUGUGACAGUGAAUAAAAUCAGUCCACACAUGCUUCCUUUCACCACAGGUCCUGUGAGCAUUUUCCAGCCCUCUUCCUCUUUCAUCAUUGCUGAUAUGAAGAGUCUCCGUCUGGAGAUCCAGUUGGCUCCAGUCAUGCAGUUGUAUAUUGUAGCCAGCACUGAAGAGAAAGGAAAGAUGAGUGGUCUGUGUGGGAACUAUAACGACAUCCAAUCAGAUGACUUUAAAACAACAUUGGGCAUCAUAGAGGGCACACCAACAUCCUUUGUCAACUUUUGGAAACAAAAUUGCCAAGAUCUUGAAAUCACAUUUGACAACCCCUGCAGCUUGAAUAUAGAAACAGAGCAACUUGCAAAAGACUGGUGUUCCCGUCUCACAAACCCAAAUGGCAGCUUUGCUGCAUGUCACUCAGAAAUAUGUCCUGAGAUGUACUACCAAUGGUGUGUCUACGAUACCUGCAAAUGUGCAGAUAUUAAGAAGUGUAUGUGUGCGGCCGUGUCCAACUAUGCCCACGUCUGUGCUGCCAGAGGAAUCAUUCUCCAGGGCUGGAUGGAUUCUGAACCCUGUGACAUGAUUUCAGAGUGUUCAGGGAACAUGAAGUACUCCUACGGCGUGACCAGCUGUGGCAGCACCUGCCACUCUCUCAGUGAACAAGACAACACCUGCCAAGGGUCCUUCACUCCUGUAGAUGGUUGCACCUGUUCUGAGGGAACCUACCUCAAUGAAGACGGAAGCUGUGUACAUGCUGAUCAGUGUCCUUGUUACUAUGGCAACCAGGUCAUAGCGCCAUCAGCAGUUUUCUACAAAGAUGGUGCUAAAUGCACCUGUGAUCUUGGCAAACUGCACUGCUCCAGUCAAGAAGACUGUGUGGCUCCAAUGACAUUAUUCAAAUGCUCAAAUCAUGGAGAAAAAGGAACGGAGUGUCAGAGAACAUGUGAGAAGCAAGACCCAAACAACUGUGUGAGCAUGGGGUGUAUAUCAGGUUGUAUGUGUCCAGAUGACCUUCUGGCUGAUGGAAAAGGUGGGUGUGUGAAGAGAGAAAAAUGUCCAUGUACCCAUAAUGGAGUCCUCUAUUCACCUGGAGAGCAAGUUCAACAGGACUGUAACACCUGCACAUGCACAAAUGGGAUGUGGACUUGUACUAACAAGGCCUGCUACGGCACCUGUACCAUCUAUGGUGAGGGUCAUUUCAGGACUUUUGAUGGCAGAAGGUAUUCCUUCCACGGAGACUGUGAACACACCAUAGCCCAGGAUUAUUGUGACACAAACCCCAGUCCCUCCUUCCAUCUGGUUACAGAGAACAUCCCUUGCGCAACCACCAGCUCCAUUUGCUCCAAGUCCAUCAAUCUGUUCUUUGGGAAAUACGAGAUGAUUUUAUCUGAGGAGGAAGAUGUGAAAGUUAUUGAAAGCAUUGGCACGGAGUACAGAUAUCAAAUCAGUUCUGCAGGCAUAUAUGUUGUCAUAGAGGUCGAAGGGCUUUUGAACUUAAUCUGGGAUAAAAAAACAAGUGUGAUGAUCCAAAUCAAUAACGAAUUAAAGGGCAAGGUGUGUGGACUGUGUGGAAACUUUGAUGGUAACGCAAACAAUGACUUUAUGAAGCACAAUGGAGAAGUUGUGACAGAUCCAGACGAUUUUGGGAAUAGCUGGAAGGUGAAGCCCAGCUGCCCUGAUGUAACAAACGUGAUGCAUCCUUGUGACGCAAAUCCACAUCGACGUGCCUGGGCUAUCAAACAAUGCAGAAUCAUCACAAGCCCUGUCUUUGCAGACUGCCAUUCACUUGUGGAUUCUGGCCCAUACUAUGAUGCCUGUGAAAGGGACACCUGUGCAUGUGACAGUGGGGGUGACUGUGAUUGUCUCUGUACUGCAGUGGCAGCUUACGCUGCUGAAUGCCGUAAAAGAGGAGCUUGUGUGGCAUGGCGAAGACCAAACUUUUGCCCUUUAUUCUGUGAUUACUACAACAAACCUCCAGAAGAAUGUGAGUGGCACUAUAAACCCUGUGGAUCCACCUGCAUGAAAACCUGCAAAAACCCAUCAGGAACUUGCUCUGAUCAAAUUCCUCCCCUUGAGGGAUGUUUUCCUCAGUGCCCUUCAGAGAGGCCAUAUCUCAGGGAGGAGACUAUGAAGUGUGUCACAGAGGAAGAAUGUAAAGACUGUGUCUAUAAUGGGAAGGUAUUUCCACGUGGAUCAGUCAUUUACGAAACCACAGAUGGAAAUGGUGUAUGUUUCACUGCUCUGUGUGAUUACAAUGGGGAAAUAAAAAGAAUUAUUACAGAAUCCUGUGGAACUACAACUUCGACACCUUUCACUUUCACAACUACACCUGUAACUACUAUAACACCCACAAUCACAUUCACUCCUACCACAACAACUACUGGGACAUCGACACCUACGUCAAUAGAAACAUCACCUACAACUGUUACAAUACCAACUACAUCAACAGAAACACCAUCCACAAUCACAUUCACUACUACACCAACUACUGGAACAACAACACCUACAACUGUUACAAUUACACCAACAUUAACAGAAACACCAUCUACAGUUAGUACAACUACUUCUACAACAACAACUCCCACAUCAACACCUACAUCAACAGAAACAUCCCCUACAACUGUUACAAUAACACCUACAUCAACAGGAACACCAUCCACAAUCACAUCCACUCCUACACCAACUACUGGAUCAUCGACACCUAUGUCAACAGAAAAAUCAACUAUAUCAACAGUAACACCAUCUACAAUUAGCACAACUACUGCUACAACAACAACAACUCCCAUCUGUACUCCUAAAUGCACAUGGUCAGAUUGGACUGAUGGCAACACACCCAGUACAGAGCCAGAAGGAUUCGAAACUGAACCCAUAGAUGCAUUGUGGAAUUCAAAAAAGAUCGCCUGUCAGAGCCCUGAAGAAAUUGAAUGCAGGGCAGUAAAUUAUCCCCAAAAGUCCCUGCAAGAUUUGGGACAGACAGUUUAUUGUAAUACAUCAUUUGGACUAUCAUGUUCAAAUGAAGACAAUGCAAAUAGCAUUCCACCACUUUGUUAUAAUUAUGAAAUACGUGUAAAAUGUUGUAAACCAGAAGACUAUUGUACUCCUUCUACAACGUCUCCAAGUACACUAACAUCAACUACCUCAACAACUACUGUAACAUCAACACCUACAACUGUUACAAUUACACCUACAUCAACAGAAACACCAUCUACAAUUAGUACAACGACUGUUACAACAACAACUCCUACAUCAACACCUACACCAACAGAAACAUCCUCGACAACUUACAACUGCUGCUACAACUACAAAUCCCACAUCAACACCUACAUCGACAGAAACAUCCCCAACAACUGUAACAAUAACACCUACAUCAACAGGAACACCAUCCACAAUCACAUCCACUACUACACCGACUACUGGAACAUCGGCACCUACGUCAACAGAAACAUCACCUACAUCAACAAUUGGACUGAUGGCAACACACCCAGUACAGAGCCAGAAGGAUUCGAAACGGAGCCCAUAGAUGCAUUGUGGAAUUCAAAAAAGAUCGCCUGUCAGAGCCCUGAAGAAAUUGAAUGCAGGGCAUACAACUGCUGCUACAACUACAAAUCCCACAUCAACACCUACAUCGACAGAAACAUCCCCAACAACUGUAACAAUAACACCUACAUCAACAGGAACACCAUCCACAAUCACAUCCACUACUACACCGACUACUGGAACAUCGGCACCUACGUCAACAGAAACAUCACCUACAUCAACAAUUGGACUGAUGGCAACACACCCAGUACAGAGCCAGAAGGAUUCGAAACUGAACCCAUAGAUGCAUUGUGGAAUUCAAAAAAGAUCGCCUGUCAGAGCCCUGAAGAAAUAGAAUGCAGGGCAUACAACUACUGCUACAACAACAACUCCCACAUCAACAGAAACAUCAGAGACAACUGUUACAAUAACACCUACAUCAACAGGAACACCAUCCACAAUCACAUCGACUACUACACCAACUACUGGAACAUCGGCACCUACUACAACUGCUGCUACAACUACAAAUCCCACAUCAACACCUACAUCGACAGAAACAUCCCCAACAACUGUAACAAUAACACCUACAUCAACAGGAACACCAUCCACAAUCACAUCCACUACUACACCGACUACUGGAACAUCGGCACCUACUACAACUACUGCUACAACAACAACUCCCACAUCAACAGAAACAUCAGAGACAACUGUUACAAUAACACCUACAUCAACAGGAACACCAUCCACAAUCACAUCGACUACUACACCGACUACUGGAACAUCGGCACCUACUUCAACUGCUGCUACAACUACAAAUCCCACAUCAACACCUACAUCGACAGAAACAUCCUCAACAACUGUAACAAUAACACCUACAUCAACAGGAACACCAUCCACAAUCACAUCCACUACUACACCGACUACUGGAACAUCGGCACCUACGUCAACAGAAACAUCACCUACAUCAACAAUUGGACUGAUGGCAACACACCCAGUACAGAGCCAGAAGGAUUCGAAACUGAACCCAUAGAUGCAUUGUGGAAUGCAAAAAAGAUCGCCUGUCAGAGUCCUGAAGAAAUUGAAUGCAGGGCAGUAAAUUAUCCCCAAAAGUCCCUGCAAGAUUUGGGACAAACAGUUUAUUGUAAUACAUCAUUUGGACUGUCAUGUUCAAAUGAAGACAAUGCAAAUAGCAUUCCACCACUUUGUUAUAAUUAUGAAAUACGUGUAAAAUGUUGUAAACCAGAAGACUAUUGUACUCCUUCUACAACGUCUCCAAGUACACUAACAUCAACUACCUCAACAACUACUGCAACCUCAACACCUACAACUGUUACAAUUACACCUACAUCAACAGAAACACCAUCUACAAUUAGUACAACUACUGCUACAACAACAACUCUCACAUCAACACCUACAUCAACAGAAACAUCCCCGACAACUGUUACAAUUACACCUACAUCAACAGAAACACCAUCUACAAUUAGUACAACGACUGUUACAACAACAACUCCUACAUCAACACCUACAUCGACAGAAACAUCCCCGACAACUGUUACAAUUACACCUACAUCAACAGAAACACCAUCUACAAUUAGUACAACUACUGCUACAACAACAACUCCCAUAUCAACACCUACAUCAACAGAAACAUCCCCGACAACUUACAACUGCUGCUACAACUACAAAUCCCACAUCAACACCUACAUCGACAGAAACAUCCCCAACAACUGUAACAAUAACACCUACAUCAACAGGAACACCAUCCACAAUCACAUCCACUACUACACCGACUACUGGAACAUCGGCACCUACUACAAUUACUGCUACAACAACAACUCCAACAUCAACACAUACAUCAACAGAAACAUCCCUGACAACUGUUACAAUAACACCUACAUCAACAGGAACACCAUCCACAAUCAAAUCCACUACUACACCAACUACUGGAACAUCGACACCUACAUCAACAGAAACAUCACCAACAUCAACAAUUGGACUGAUGGCAACACACCCAGUACAGAGCCAGAAGGAUUCGAAACUGAACCCAUAGAUGCAUUGUGGAAUUCAAAAAAGAUCGCCUGUCAGAGUCCUGAAGAAAUUGAAUGCAGGGCAUACAAUUACUGCUACAACAACAACUCCAACAUCAACACAUACAUCAACAGAAACAUCCCCGACAACUGUUACAAUAACACCUACAUCAACAGGAACACCAUCCACAAUCAAAUCCACUACUACACCAACUACUGGAACAUCGACACCUACAUCAACAGAAACAUCACCAACAUCAACAGUAACACCAUCUACAAUUAG